GAUUUGGUGACCGCUGAGCCAAGCCUUCAAGCCCCGGAGCCGCGCCGCAACAGCGAGACCUGCUGCGAUAGGUGCCUGGGUGGAUGUCGAAGACGAUCCACUGGAGCCCUGGCGAGGCAUCCUUGGGGCGUGCAAGUCGCAACUCCUAUUUGGAGGGCGCUCAGAAGCAAUUCCUCGAUGUCACUGAGGAAAUGAUGAAAGCGGCCACCAUUGGCCGAUCGUCAGAGAUGGGCCCUGAUUGGGAGCCGCCGGGAAUGGUGUCCCGGAAGAUCGCCUUGGUUCUCACUACUGGAGGCAAAUCCCAAUAGAACGUGAUUCCUUCUUUGCCAAGCCUGCAUAUGUUGCCGAUGUGCUGGAAAUAGGUCGCCGAACGGAUGACAACAGCCAGCAGGUUACAGAGCGUCUUAGAGCAAUGAAGUCCAACAUCAAAGUGCCGCAGGAGGCAGCUGUCGCCAGACCACCUUGCCCAGAGGAGCCUCGGAAAGCGGUUCGCGUAGCUUCAACGCCUUCAUUGAGCAGAGACAUCAGCUGGGGCGCGAUGCUCCCUCGUAGAGGCGCGUCGCUUGCGACGGCCGGCGCUUCUUUGGCUGCCUUGCCCCAACAGGCGCAGCUCGCCAGAGUGAACUGGGGGCCCGAAGAGCCCUCCCUGGCACGAGAUAGCUUUAACGCGAUGACCAAGAACCAGAAGUGCGACGUCACUGAGGUGAUGAUGCGCGAGGCCAUGAUGGGCAAGGCUGCCAUGAUGGGCCCUGGAUGGGACCCCCCGGGCUUGGUGAGUCGGAAGAUCGCGGAGGUCCUCUCCAAGCGGUGAGAAAGGCCUGAGGUCUUUCCUCGUGCACUGAGCAUGGGUUGAGCGAGCGCGCGCCGGGAGCCAAGGAGUCCAUCACAGAUGGGACUUAUUUGUGCCAAUCCACUGGGGAAGUGGGAGAGAAGAAAGGUGUGCUUCAAAGGCCUGCUUGUCAAAGUUCGGUCGGUGGCCAGAACAGUCGGUUCGAGAAGCCGGACUUUCUGCAGAACAUGUGCUAGACAUGCAGUGCUUUUGUGUUCCCGGGCAGGUUUAAAACCUCAGCCCGACGAAUCGCCUGCUUUCUUUAGGCCUAAAA